UUUGUCUGUGUUGUCGUCGUGCGUUUGUGUAAACCUCUGAGCACAAAGUCUGUAAACAACACAACAAAAACUUUCUCCAAGUGCAAAGAAUUCAUUUUCCCAUAAAUAACUUGAUAAGUGGAACUUAGGGUUUUCUAACACCUUGCAUGCACAAUGUCCUCCUGGGAAGAGAUUCAAGCGGUGAAGGUGAAACGUAACACCCUACGGGAACGUUUGGUGAAACGUAAAAAAGAACGCCAAGAUUUGCUCGGUGGCGGCAGCCCCGGGCCGAGUGUGGUUGGCUUGAUUAAAACCGAAUCCGGCAACUCCGGUGGUGAUGACAAGAGUAAGAUUUUGCUGACGGCUAUCAAACUGGAACAAGCUUUCGUAGAUGCGGAUUCGGAAAUCGAGAAAACCUUGGUGCAAGUACUGGCAGACCGCAGCUUCAUUCUGCCGACAAAUUCCUCGCAGAUUGGGCAACAGGUCGAGAAGCGCAUUCUACGACCGACGUCCAGUGAGUCAAUACUGUACUAUCUACAAAAGUUAGCCAAUCAGAAUUUGGUCAACAUGAAGGAAGUCAGCAUUGGUGGCGUCGUUGGUUACGAGGUAAUCUCAGCUGAGUAUGGCAGCCUACAGUCCCUGUAUGAAGACUUGCAACUAAAUCAUAAUGAGCGUGAUGGUAGUAUUAAGCGAAAAGCGACAAUCAAGGAAGAAAAAGAUUGCGACUCGAAAAUGGCUCGAUUAACUUCUGGUUGUUUGAUUAAGGAAGAGGCUGGUCUGAAGAAAACCGGCGAAUCGAGUGUGCUGAGUGAUACGUCGGACAUUAUGUCAUUGCUUUCGAUGCCUUCCACUAGAGAGAAGCAGAGUAAAAAGGUUGGUGAGGAGAUUCUGGAACUGCUAACAAAGCCUACCGCGAAAGAGCGAUCGCUGGCGGAAAAGUUUAAAUCACAAGGCGGCGCUCAGGUGAUGGAAUUUUGUCCACAUGGAACCAGAAUCGAAUGCUUACGAUCCUUGGAGGCAGCUAACGAUGCCCACCUGAAAAAGGAAGACGACGACGAUGUUAUCAUCAGUGAUGACAACAACGGUUUCGAGAUUGUGGAAAUCAAAAAAGAACCGGACGAUAAAGAUAAGUUCCAGUGUAAUAAGUUACACUUCAAAAAGAUUAUUCAAUCGCAUACCGAUGAAUCGUUGGGAGAUUGCAGUUUUUUAAAUACGUGCUUCCACAUGGACACAUGCAAAUACGUUCACUAUGAGGUAGACACGUAUAUAGGGCAAAAUACAGGGUCUAAGUUUGAAGGCGAAGGUUCGCUCUCUAAAAGGACUGCUGAUCCGUGUGCAACCUUGUAUCCUCCGCAGUGGAUUCAGUGUGAUUUGCGUUAUCUCGAUAUGACAGUGCUGGGUAAAUUUGCGGUGGUGAUGGCUGACCCACCCUGGGACAUACACAUGGAACUACCGUACGGAACGAUGUCCGACGACGAAAUGCGUCAGCUGGGGGUGCCAGCUCUGCAGGAUGAUGGGCUUAUUUUUCUAUGGGUUACCGGUCGAGCGAUGGAAUUGGGUCGUGAGUGUUUGAAACUGUGGGGUUACGAACGAGUUGACGAACUGAUUUGGGUUAAGACCAAUCAACUGCAGCGAAUAAUUCGUACCGGUAGAACUGGUCAUUGGCUGAAUCACGGUAAGGAGCACUGCCUGGUUGGAAUGAAGGGAAAUCCACCGAACUUGAACCGUGGACUGGAUUGCGACGUAAUCGUGGCGGAAGUACGUGCGACGAGUCACAAACCGGACGAAAUUUACGGCAUCAUUGAGCGGUUAAGCCCAGGAACGAGGAAGAUCGAACUUUUCGGGAGACCUCAUAAUGUACAACCCAAUUGGAUAACACUUGGUAAUCAACUAGACGGGAUCAGGUUAGUUGACCCUGAAUUGAUUAGUUCCUUUCAGAAACGCUAUCCGGACGGAAACUGCAUGACUCCGGGAAAGAAUCCGUAAUGGUGAUUUUUACGUUUAUUUUUUUUCGACGAGCCACAAAUAAAGCAUCGCCUUGGUAAACAA